AUGGAGACCCCCGCCGCGCUGGCUACGGCCGUCGAUGCUCCUGCUACUAGCGUUUCCAGCACUGAAGUUCCUUUUACCGGUUCUGUACCCUCCGUACCGGCCGUCAAGACGCCGCUGGAACGGCUCACAGAGACAGUGGACGCGAACCCGCUGGACUUUAACGCUUGGGUCAGUCUGCUGACGCUCGUACAGAGCGAGACGGAGACCUCGCGCGAGACGGUGGAAUCCACGUACGACCGCUUCUUGGCAGAGUUCCCGCUGUGCUUUGGCUACUGGAACAAGUAUGCACUGUACGAGCACGGACUUUGCAACAAGAUCACCGAGGAUGGCGUUGCCACUGUCGCGACACCAGAAGAAGCGAAACAAAAGGCGCGUGAGGUGUACGAACGAGGCGUUGUGGCAGUCCGGUACAGCGUGGACAUGUGGAUGAAGUACUGCGAGUUCCUUAUCCACAAGCUGCACAGCCCGGUCGAUGAAACGCGACCAGUGCUUAUGAGAGCUGUGGAGGCGUGCGGAGCUGACCCUAUGGCUGGCCCAUUGUGGGAGCUGUACAUCCAGCUGGAGACAGUAAAUAACGACAUGCCGCGUUUGAACCAGGUAUUUAAGUCGAUUAUGCGCCAGCCGCUUCGCAAUCUUGAGGAAUUCUGGGAGAAAUACAAUCAGUUUGUGCUAGCCCAGCAAUUGAAUGUUCUAGCGACGCCUGAGGAGCUGAAGGCACUUGUUGAUAGUGGAGAAGAGCUCAUGGACGAAGGACUACUGCGUGUCAAGAUCGUAAAUGUUAUGGAGGCAGUGAAGAACAAGACGAUGGAGGACAUUUACCGUCGACAGGCUUUCGAAGCUGGGAUCGAUCGAAGCUACUUCCACGUAACCCCAGUGAUUGAGUCUGCGAUGAAGAACUGGCACAGUUACCUGGACUUUGAAGAAGCGUCUGGCAACGAUGCACGCUGCGAGACUCUGUACGAGCGCUGUCUCAUUUCUUGUGCGAAUUACGAAGAAAUUUGGUUACGUUACGUUCAGUGGAACGAAAAGGUGCGUGGAUUCGGAAGCGCUGAUGCCGUGUUCCAACGCGCGGUGACGAUCUUCCUCAAGUAUCGUGCAAGUACCUAUUUAGAGUACGCCUCUUUCUUAGAGGCCCACAACAAGCUGCAAGAAGCUCAAGAUGUGUACAUGAAGGUUCUAUCUGAUGUGGCCCCGAAGCUCGUUGAGGGGUUCUUGCGCUAUUGUAACUUUGAGCGAAGACGAGGAGAUGUCGAGGCGGCAAAAACCUGGUUCGAGCGGGGGAUGGAUGCAGUCGAGAACGACGCAGAAGCAUACGCCUAUGUGGCUAUAUCGUACGCCACGUUCCUUCACAAGAGUGUUGGCGAUGCGGCAUCGGCUCGUGCAGUGUUUGACUGUGCGGUGCAGAAGCACGACGGGUCGGUACUGCUUUGGCUGAAUUUCAUUCACUUCGAGAUGAACGCGGGUGGCACAAAUUCAGAUCUCGUGUCCCGGGUCACCCGUGUUUACGAGCUUGCACUUGUGAACAGUUGCAGUCUCUCGAUGAACGAGAAGAAUGACUUGUGGUUCCUGUAUGUAGAGUUCAUCGAGAAUUUUGGCGACAACAUAGCUCAAGUGCGCGAUUUGCGUGACAGAGAGAUGGCAUGGAAGCUCCAAAAUGCUCAGUCUCGAAACCGCACGAUCAAGGUGCUCCACUUUCAGCCCGGCAAAACAAACGAAAUAAGCGGAUACAGCUCGAGUCUGGAUCCAGGGCUGAAACGUCCUCGUUAUACCGCUCCGCAAACCCCAGUAGUCAUUUCGACCCCGGUGGCAGCAACGACACCCACAGCAGCAACAGUGACAACACCAGUUGCGGCUUACUACCAAGGCUAUCAGGGAUAUGGAGCUCCGGUCCAGGCGUUCUCUCAAGCUAACCCCACGGUUGCUGCAACUCAGCCGGCCUACGCACAAGCGCAGUACUCCGGCUACUAUCAGCAGUAG